AUGGACCCCUACUCGACCGAAGGCGAAUUGAUCAACAUCCACAACUACUUCCACCAGGGUCAAUACCAGGAAGUUGUUGACUUCGAUACCUCAUCCUUCUCCCCUGACAACGCUCUGCCCGCGCGCAUCCUCGUUCUCCGAGCUCGACUAGCCCUCGGUCAAUCUGAAGAUGUUCUCGAUGAUGUGAAGGGCGAGUCCGAGCCUGAGCUGCAAGCUCUAGGUGCUCUUGCUGAGUUCAACCUGGGCAAGGCCGAUUCAGCAGUCCAGACAAUCGAGAAGCUGGUCUCUUCAGCCGCCGAUAACACAACAGUGCAGGUCAUUGGAGGAACAGUUCUUCAAGCUGCUGGAAAGUCUGAGGAGGCGCUUGCUCUUCUCACACAGCAUCAGGGAAGCCUUGAUGCCGUCUCCCUUAUCGUUCAGAUCCACCUGCAACAGAACAGAACAGACCUUGCCCUAAAGGAAGUCACUGCUGCGCGAAGAUGGGCUCAGGAUAGUCUUUUGGUCAACUUGGCUGAGUCGUGGGUUGGAUUAAGAGUGGGUGGUGAGAAGUACCAGCAGGCGUUUUACGUCUAUGAGGAGCUCGCACAAGCCCCUUCGACCUCAUCAGUACGAACCCUUGUUUCCCAAGCUGUCUGCGAACUGCACCUUGGCCGAACAGAAGAAGCCCAGGCUGCUCUGGACCAGGCUCUGGAGAAGGACACUAACAACGCCGAUGCCAUCGCCAACUUGCUCGUCCUCAGCAUUAUCUCUGGCAGCCAGUCUGAGGAGCUCACACAAAAACUCCAGACCAUCAAGCCUGACCACCAGUUCCUGGCUGACUUUGAAGAGAAGAGCGCUCUAUUUGACAAGGCCGCUACAAAGUACAGCCCCAAGGUGUCGGCAUAA